AUGCAGACCAUCAAGUGCGUCGUCGUCGGUGACGGUGCCGUGGGCAAGACAUGUCUUCUCAUCUCGUACACGACCAACAAGUUCCCGUCAGAGUACGUCCCUACGGUCUUCGAUAACUACGCCGUGACGGUCAUGAUCGGCGAGGAUCCGUACACUCUGGGCCUGUUCGAUACCGCUGGUCAGGAGGACUACGACAGGCUGCGACCCCUGUCGUACCCUCAGACGGAUGUGUUCCUUGUGUGCUUCAGUGUAACAUCGCCAGCGUCAUUUGAGAACGUCAAGGAGAAGUGGUUCCCCGAGGUCCACCACCACUGCCCCGGCGUCCCUUGCCUUAUCGUCGGUACCCAGGUCGAUCUCCGUGAUGACCAGGGCCACCUCGACAAGCUCGCUCGCCAAAAGCAGCGCCCCAUCACCACGGAGCAGGGUGAGCGCUUGGCUCGUGAACUCGGCGCCGUCAAGUACGUCGAGUGCUCGGCUCUGACCCAGCGGGGCCUCAAGAACGUCUUUGACGAGGCCAUCGUCGCCGCCCUUGAGCCUCCCACUUCGCCCAAGAAGAAGAGAUGUGUCGUUCUUUAA